AUGGUGAAUGAGCCGAAAACGGUUCAGCUCAGACUGGCAUCUGGACAAGAGCCCGUUACACGAACUAUUCUUCAAACUCCACCUCGAGACGCGCUGCCAUCAGAAAUACCCGUGAUUGACAUUUCCCGCGUCUUCAGCCCUUCCAUCGACGACCGGCGUGCUGUGGCCAGGGAAAUCGGAGAUGCCGCUACAAACAUUGGCUUCUUCUACAUUUCCAACCAUGGUGUGCCCGAUGCCGUCAUCGCCGGUACCUAUGAAACGGCACUUGCUUUCUUCCGCCAGGACCUGGAGACAAAGCUGAGGGCAAAGAUCGCACCGAGCCAGGGCAAGAUAUCAGGCUAUCGCCCCUUUGCCUCUCAACGGAUAAACCCCGAUGAAGGGGCCGACCACAGAGAAACCUUCUCCUGGGCGUACGAUGCUACGUACGACCCGGAGAUGGACGACAUCAACGCGGUCCCGGAACAUGCGCGCAAGUACAUCAAGGCGGACGAGUCUCCCUGGGAGGCGACGUCGCAAAUGCCCGAGCUCAAAGCCGCACUCGUCGCCUACUUCCAAUCUUGCCUGGGGCUGGCAAGAGCCCUCACGCGCUCGUUUGCUCUCUCGCUGGAUCUCCGGGAAGACCAUCUGGACUCCAAGGUCAAGUACCCUGACGUGAUGAUGCUCCUGAACUACUACCCCAAGAAGGAGCCGCAGCCACCUGCAGGUGCGCGGAGACAAGUGUCGAUGGGAUCCCACACCGACUUCAGACUGUUUACUAUCCUGUGGCAAGAUUCCACAGGCGGGCUGCAGAUUCUCAACCGGGACGGGCAGUGGAUCAACGGCCGGCCUGUUCCUGGUACGUUUGUAGUGAAUAUUGGAGACUUUCUGCAGAGGAUCACCAACGAUCGGUACGUGAGCACUGUGCACAGGGCGCAAAGUCCGAGUGGUGAAGAGAGGGUGAGCAUUCCGUUCUUUUGGGGCUUCGGCCUCCACGAGCGGUGUGGUGUUUUGGAGAGCUGUGUCGGCGAGGGGGAAGGGCCGAAGUACGACGAGAUUAGCACGCAGGAGUAUGUCGCUAGUAGGUCGCGACAGUUGAUGACCUGGGGAAAGGAGGCGGACGGGGGGAAGAGUAGUUGA